AUGCAAAAAUUUCAACAAAUCGUGUUCGGGCUCUGUUUCGAUUCGGACGCCAAAAUAUUGAUUGAAGAAGGUUUGCACACUUAAAUUGUUGCUUUUCGAAAUUUAGAAAACGCCAUUAAACAGAACUGUGGCAGUGGCCUAGAAAACUCUGGUGUGGAAACUCUUCCCCUGCUCAUAAUAUGACACCUGUGCACUUUGACAAUAUGUUAAUUUGUGUGAAUGCUAGGAGUUUUCUUGGCCACGGUCACAACACCCAGAACCCAAAAAGAAACGUUGUUCGAAAACCGAUUCGAAAAAUGUGUAUAAAUCUUGUGUUCGUGGACCCCCCAGAGACUAUGAGUACAUUAGAAUUGUCCAUGGAUUCAAAGAACAUUAUUUGCUGUUUCGCGCCAACCUCUAGGGACCGCCUGCCCGCGAAAAAUAGAAAAUAUUGACAAGUCCUCUUAUUUUGGGUUGGAGUUUCCCGUAUGGGUUCAAAUUUCUCCAGUGUCCCGGCCAUUUGGAGGAUUAAAAUGGGAUGAUAAUAAUAAUAAUAAUAGUAAAUAUGGCCGGUUUUGCACACAAAACGGUGAAAUAUAAUAGGAGCUUAGAAAUGGGAGCAUGCACGCGCACAUGACUUUCAGGGGGAAAAGAGGAGGGCGAAAGAGUUCAGUGGGUUCGAUUUUUGAGACGAUUUUUGAUUGCAGAUGACCGCUACGCGAACGGCGCCGUCCGUUUCGACAAUGACGUCAUCGAAGAGGGUCCGACGACGGCAUCUGGAGCCGGAUCCACUGGCGGACUGACUCCGCGCAAAAUGCCCGCGUUCCGGCGACGGCAGAGCGGCUACGGUAUCGCAAUUUCCAGGUGAGACCCUGAUGAUGAUUUUUUCGACUACCUAGUUAUGAACUAAAAGCACACAUUUUUUCGGCCACGUCAUCUCUUUUGCUCUUGCUUGUUUUCUAAUAAUUUCAGCUUCACCGAGCACAUUCUUUCUCCUCGUUCUUCCUCAUUUUACCCGUGUUCUGUCAAGACACGACAACCAAAACUUUCAUUUAAUUGUUGAAAUUUGAAAUUACGUCACACACACACACACACGCGCCAAAAUGUUGAGGGAAAACAACACGUGCUCAAUGACUUUUUCGAAUAGAUUCAUAGACCGAAUGAGGCAAUUUUUGUCCAGAAAUUUAAAAUUUGUCUAGUUUCACUCCUUUUCUACUUCGCUGCCAUCCAAUCUUCAUUCUUUCGAAUCACCAGAAUCCUGGUAGCUUAUGAAAACAAAUCAUAUCUUUUUGAGAAGCCUUCAUGUUCGAGAUGAAUCUAGAAUGAUUCUCGACACCGUGAAGCUAUUCCUGAGAUUAAGAAUGCUGUUAGGAUACUUUAGCAUGAAAACAGUGUGGUAUCAUCACUCAUCUUUAGAUAAAGACAGACUAACCCAAUCUGAUCAUUGAAAUAGUUCGUCUCUAGAGCGGCUCUUACUUUACCAGUUACUUUUCGAUGUCAUUCUACUUACAGUAAGUGAAGCGCCCAACUAAACAAUGUAUUUAUCAAAGAGGACACACUUCCUGACUUGUAUACACUCAAAGUUUCUAGAAAAAGAGGAUUGUCUUCAAAAGUUAUCAUGAUUCUUUGUAAUGAAGAUAGUAGGUCAUUGCAGUAGAAAGAAGAGGAGUGAAAAUAUGCGAAUUUGGCAUUUCCCGAUGUGUGGACUGUCUUACUUGCAUUACUUCGAUCCGUUCUUUUCACCCGGACACUAACACAUACCAAUGAAAUAGUUGGUCUCAAGAGGUGCUGUAACUUUUCGAAUGCCAUUAUACUCACAAGGAUCGAAUGCGUGCUCUUAACAGUGUAGUACUCGAAGUUUCUGGAAAAAAAAGUAAUGUUUUGUCUUCAUAAGUUGGCAAAACUCUUUGUGAUACGAAAAUGGAAGAUUGGGAGUAACAAAACACAAAAAUGUCCGUCAAUUUUUGAUCGCCUCCAACUCACUCACACAUGGUCCUUGGGGUAUCAUAAAAUGGUCCGGGACCUCCAGUUUCCUCCUCACCCGUUUUUUUUUAUAUAUCCUUGGAUUUUCACGAUUCGAAGUGAAAAGUGAUCAAAUAUAUCCCGAAAAGCACCUGAAAAGCUUAGAAAUGCAUUCCGACCUUUCCGCUCCCGAUUUCCGAUUCGGCCGACGAAAUUUGAGAUUCAUGAGACUUUUUUCAGUGUUUCUUAUAGAAUUUGUACUUUUCUUCUUUGCAAAUGUCUUCAAAAAUCGAUUCAAAUUCAGCUGUCAUCAGGAAUCAAAGAUUAGCCUUGUUUUCCAGCUUAUUUUGAUUGAAUUCUUCUUCUCAGAAUUCGUCCCGGGUAUUUUUUUUGGAAAAGUAGAGCAAAAAAGGUGUUCCCCCCUCGAAGAAAGCUAAUAAUACUAUUAGUUACAAGUCGUCCACACGAAAAAUUGUGCUUCCCUCACUUUUCGGCUCCAAAAAAGAGCUGUCGGCUUGGAAAACGCAGGAAAACAGGCUCCGCCCCUUUUCUUGCUCACCGAGAGCACCACAACACCCGCAGCAGCGACUUACCUUGUUGUGAGAGUGUGAGCUUCUCGCAGACAAAAUGCCGGAAAAUCGAGUUGCUCACACGUUUACACACCGUAUUCCUAGCGUCGUCAUGCCGUGGUUUUGUCUGAAAAAGGAUUUGCGCAAAAUACUGUAUGUUCACUCGCUUUUCGCGCUUAUUUGUUUCUCAGAACCGUUUGAAAGUUCCCGAAAAAACUCUUCUGAAUUUGAUAAUCUGAUUAGAGAAGUAUGUACCCUCGAUAGCUGUCUCGUGAAAGAGUAGAGAGAGUUCGAUAGCUCAAAUUCUUAAUAAAUUCAUUCAUUUCGUUGAUGCUCGUUCGCAAUCAAUCAGGACGUACAUUUGAGAAAAUGCCUGCCAUUUUAGCCCCAAGCUUGGCCAGUCCUGAGUUGAAACAUGUCGAGCCGGGUCAUUGAACACUUUCUCACGGCUUGCCUGACAACUAUGCUUUUCCGCGGACCGAGAAUCUUCUCUGGACAAUAGAGGUAUGUAGUUCCCUAAUCAGAUUAUCAAAUCCAGAAGACUGAAGUGACACACAGUAUUCCGAUCGAAUAAUGCGUCAAACAGUCAUCUAAACACGUUUCCCUUUUGCCUCAAAAAUUGAACUACGUGAGGUCACGUGAAUGUUUCGUGGGCGGGACGGGAACGGGACAUAUGUAUAUGCAAUCGGUUUUCCAUAAAAAUCCAAUCAACUUUGUGUGUGACCUGAGCCGAUCAGGUGUUUGAGCCGACAAAUUUUUAACAAGAUAUCUUUCACACACCUUUGUGCAUUGGCGCACGUCGUCAACGCACUCGUGAUAACAAGAUAAGAAAAUGGGAUUUGUUGGGGGCUGAAUGGGGAAAAAGAGGAAGAAGGAGAGGAAAUAAUCGGUUACGUCAAAGGCCGAAUAAUGUAUUCGUUCUCUCAGGUGGUGUAUACAUUCUAAUGAGACUUCCCUCCUUGACCCAAUCACCCUGCUAAUCUCUCUGAAUCCUCCCCCGUUUCGCCCGCUAUUUCCAUGACUCUGCGCGUAAUUGAAUCCCUCAUCUUUCCCUUGCUUUUCGCCCCGUUUUCUCGCAAGUGCUCUUUGCCUUUCUGAACAAAAAAAAAACGGCGCAAAGAGAAAAGGAACAAAUUGUCAGGGGCGCGAGAAAAAAGUUAGAAGACAAUUGUAUCAGCCCACCGAUUCUGACACUUUUUCUCGAAAGCGACACGUACGUCUCCUCGGCUGACGUCUUCUGGAGAAAUGUAUUCGGAAGAAGUGCUAAUCGAAAAUGAAUUUUUCUAUCCUCACGAGUGGCGGUAAUUUUUUUGUAGCAUGUCGAGAAAAUGGCACCAUUCGAUUCGGCGCUGAAAAAAGGCAGGCGUCAGUUGUAAUAGACGUAUCUCGUGACCAGAUGAUCCGAUCGGUCUGAAACUUUGUCCGAAUGGUCCUCAAUCCAAGUCCAAAAAGCCUGCAAAGUUUGGUCCCGAUCAGAUCAUUGCAAGUGGGGUGUCAAGCUCCCUCAAAAAGCAGGGCCGCUCUCUGACACAUACAUACUUGAUCCCUAGACUUUGGAUAUUGUCGACUAGAAAGAAAGGUGUCUCAUGAAUUCUGAUUCGCUACAUACAUUCCGUGCCGUCACUUCUCAAUUUCUCUCAUUACAAACCAUGAAAUUGUACCCCGUUUUUCUCGGCCAAAACGCUACAUUUCUCGUUUCGCCAAAAAAAAAUAUGGAAAAACCAAAAAAAUCAUGUUUUGUCUGACUGCCUCUAGUGGGCGUGGCCUUGCAGGAAAAGCCAGGCGAAAAAAAAAACAGAAACGAUUUGAUUGAAAACGCGACAUCUGGUCAUUUCGGACAAAAAGUGGUGUGGGCUCGAUGAACUUUUGAAACCGAUAUUAUCCGUCCAUCUGCUAUUACAUAUUGUCCAGAAAAAAAAUGAGAAUUUUCACUCGAAAAACGAUUGUCGAUACGAUCUUUUUCUUUUUCGAGUAAGCUUUCAUUAAAUUCUAUAGUUUUCUUCCUCAUUUUCAGUGACAGCACUGCAAAAAUGCGAUGCCGCCUUCGAAAGCAGCUCUUCAUUCGGAGAAAUAAGGUAAAUGUUUUUUUUUUGUCACACCAAACUUCAUUCCAUUUUCUUGACGUAAAUAAAAUUAGUUGCACCUGUCUUUGCGACGCCUACGUCUUCGAAUUUGAUCAUAUUCUUGAGAAAAAUGAAGAAAAAGUUAUUGGGGACCGACAAAAAAGUGCAUUUUCAGGUCUGUGAUAUCUCACUUUUUCUCGCCGUCGUCGGCUUGAUUUUGGUCAUCAUCGACUCGGAAUUGACGGCUCUUUCCAACUCUACCGGUAUCACCAAGGUAGGCGGGGGCAAAAAACAUGUUCUGGCACUUGUAUAAACUUUGAAUGAAUGACUUGGAUACUUGGCACAAGUUUUGAAACAUGUUUUUCUUUUACCGUUUUCAGCACUCUUUUCCGACACUUUUCAACACAUUUCGACACAAAAACUGAUUCGCUCUUUUCCAGGACUCGCCCAUUUCGAUUGUGCUCCGCUCGGCGUGCGUCGUCUCCACAUUUUUUCUGAUUUGCUGUCUGGUCAACUAUCAUGCGAUCGAGGUGAAAAUCGCGCUGAUAGACAGUGGCGCCGACGAUUGGCGCGUCGCGUUCAGCACGGACCGCUUCAUUAAGAUGCUCAUCGAGGUGGCCGUCUGCAUGAUUUGUCCGUUUCCCGGUCAGUUUGGUGGGGGUGGAAAGGAGCAAGAAAAAGUGGGUAAAACUAAAAAAAAAACGUGGGUCAAACAACCGAAAACAGGUUAACUUGCGCAAGUGUUUGCAGAAAUCUUCAGCGACGGACUGAUGCGAAUGCCGUACAUAAACGCGGACACGCGACAAGUGAAAAUGAUCAACGUGCCGGUCGACGUGCUCCUUUCCGUGCCAAUGUUCCUCCGCUCCUACCUCGUCUGCCGCUUCAUGGUCCUUCACAGCAAACAGUUUCAGGUAUGUCUUUUUUGGGGAGGGGGAUGCACAAAAGGCUUGCCGAAAGCAAGCAAUUUCGCAAUUUCGGUCUGAAACUUGGACCCAGUCUACUUUAAUCCAAGUCCAAGAAGCGUGGCCCAGCGCUCAAAAAAAAAAUCAAUAAUUACAACAAGUGUUCAGGACGCCGCGACGCGAUCGAUCGCCGCACUGAACCGAAUCUCGAUGGAUUUCCGAUUUGUGAUCAAGACAAUGAUGGCCGAUCAUCCGCUGCGGGUCCUCAUCGUCUUCACCCUUUCCUAUUGGAUUUGCAUGUCCUGGAUGUUUACGCAGUGUGAAAGGUUAGCUAAAAGCAUUUCUUCAGUCAACUUGAGCCUAAAGAAUUAUUUUCAGAUAUGACGGACAGCUAGAAGUGGAGCACUAUUACCUGAACUCGAUGUGGUUCAUAAUGGUGACAUUCAUGUCGAUCGGAUACGGAGACAUCGUCCCGAACACCUAUUGCGGACGUUGUCUGUCGAUCACAACCGGAAUUGUGGUAUUAUCCUUUUGCUCUUCCUAAAAGUACAAUAUCUGAUUCAGGGCGCCGGAGUGUCGUCCGCUUUGAUUGCGAUCAUUUCGCGUAAAUUGGAACUUUCGAGGGCCGAAAAACACGUGAACAAUUUUAUGGCCGACUCGAAACUGACGAAUCAGCGCAAGAAUGCAGCUGCCAGCGUACUUCAGGAGACUUGGUCAGUUAGUUGACUUUUAUGACUCUUAGAAAGUUGUGGUCGUGGCCUAGAAAACUCGGGUGUGAAAACUCUUGCACUUUGACAAUCUGUUAAUUUGUGUGAAUGCUUGUCAAGGAUUGUGCCGAAUGCGAGAAAAAAUUCGGGAAAAGGCCCAUGCCACGGCCACAACUUUGACUGCGCGUUGUUCCGUUUAUAGGCAUGUCUGAGACGCAUAAAACGGUCGAUCUAUACAUUUUCCAACUAUUGAAGGUUCAUCCACAAAUACAAAAAGGCGCUGCACAAGGGCGACGACCUGCGUCUCCGUCACCACCAACGUCGCUUUCUGCACUCGAUCAACGAGUUCCGCCGCAUAAAAUGGGACCAGCGGAAGCUCCAGGAGAAGGGAAAUUCGCUUUUGGACGUGGGAAAAUUGCACAGUGACAUGCACGAGACGCUCUGGGAAAUGCACCGAACACAGGAUCACUUCAUCUCGCAAAUCGACGUGCUCACGCAAAAAAUUGUGGAACUCCAGAACACGCUGAACACGCGACCGCCCUGCUGUGCGCUGCCCACCUCCUCCAACGACGCCUAUUUUUCUACGUCUACUCAACUCGGCGUUUUGAAGGUCGGUUCUUGAGAAGAUUUCAGAAAAAGUGAUUUUGUGGUCUAGUGAUAAAGUGGGCGAUCGGUAAGGAAAGUCUUCAGUUUUUUCCACAAAUUUUCUGAGUCAACUGUCUCAAAAUUUGGUCCUAAACCAGGUCGAAAGUUUGCAUAAAAGUUUCGCACCUGAUCGUCUAGACCACAAAUGUCGCUUUUCUGAUAUCUCCCUAAAACAAGGGUUUCGGAUCAGCUUUCCAUGGAGAAUCCGAUUUUACUACUCAAAACGUGUCAAUCCGAAAACAAUUUCAGGACACCCCGGUCCCACCUGUCAUACCAUCGAUCCCGCUUCCGACGCAAUCCCCAAUGCUGCAUUCGAGUCAAUCGCACCGGGAACCGCUCCAAGUGACCACCUCGGAUCUUCCGAACUCCUCCUCGAUCCCUCGCAUAUCCGUCGGCGCGACGUCAUCGUCGAGUUCCAGUGCCUCGUCCGGCAACGGAUCCCUUCCGCAGUGCACUGUGGAUCAGCUGGCCAAUUGUCCGACCGGCGGGAUCUACGCGACCGUAACCACACCGUUGAUUUCGAACUUCGAGGAAGUUUAGGUCGAUUUUUCUUUAUCGCAUUUGACUGGAUUUUUGAUUUUUUUUUCAAGUUUGAGGUUUUGGACGUAUCAUAGUUGUGUGUGCUUCUCGAACUAGAAAAAAACCCUUGCAAAAAACAUUUCCCUCAUUUUCUCAAUUUGUAUCGCAUUUUCUGUGAUUCUACACCCAUCCGGCAUCUGUGUUUCUCUCUGUUUUUUUUAAACAUGUUAUCAGAAAAUAUUUUACAAGCUUCGGAUCUCUUUUCUCUCCUAAAACCCCUUGACAACAUCAACCGGUGUCACACGAUUCUAUUUUUGAAACUUUUGUAUUUCUAAAGUUCAAAUUCUGGUCCCCCCCACUUUUUCUAUGACGCAAUAUCCGAUUGUGAUCCGCCCGUCUCUCCAAGUUGAAAUUUUCUCAUUUUCUCUGCAAAAUGCAUGAUUUUUUAACCGCACAUUGAAUGUAUUGUAUAUAUUUAUUUUUUUGAAAGAUAAUCGAUAAAUCAAGUUAUUUGUCAUAAAAAAUGUGUGCAAUCUCUCAGGAACAUUGUGAUUGUCUUUCAAACUGUAGCUUCGUUCAAACAAUCCCUAGAAACCGCCACAAAAUGAAUUUUUCUGUAUGAAGAAAGGGUGCUAAAUUUUUAGUCUUAACACGUAAAAUGCUUAAAAGAUACGAGGAAUCGAAUGACGUUAAGCCUGAGUCGUUAGGAAUUUUUUGAAUCAAAUUACAGUUUUUACCGAUCUAGGGACCGUGUUCGGACCAGGGACCACGUUGUCGGAAAUAAUAUCCUUUUUGGAUAACAGUGCCAUGAUAUGGGACCAACUUAUUACGAAACUUGUGAGAUUUUGAGCAAAAUUUGGGGAACAAUAGACACGUUUUUCGCGUGAUUACCGGGAAAACGUGGGAAACGGACUUUUCUGCCACAAAAACACGUGUUCGGUCUGUUUUUCGCCUGAUUUUUAGAUUUUUACAACAAAAAGGUACUCAACAUGGACUACACACGGUUCAUACGUGACCGGCCCCGGUUGACCGCCCAAGCAAUUUUUGUACAUUGCCCUUGGUGUGAAGCAUCUCCAAGGCAAUUUUCAGCUCGGAAGAGUAAUCUGAUCUGAAGAUAAAAUAAAACGCUCAAAGUGGCGGCUUGCCGAAAUUAAUUUUUCGAGAUUAUGCAUACUGUUGAAAAAAAAGGCUCGAAAUUCGAAUCGGAGUUGGCAGCGAGCCAAGGACACGCCCCCCAAACAGUUUUCACUGAAACUGCCGCACGCUGUUUGGGGGGCGUGUCCUUGGCUCGCUGCCAACUCUGAUUCGAAUGUCGAACCUUUCCUUUUUCAACAGUACCUGCGUUUAUUCUUCAACGGCUUUUCCUUAAAAAUUCAUUGUUUUUAAUAUGAAACAUGUUUAAACAUGCUAAAAAAUGACAAAAAUUCGAGAGAAAAGCUGAAAAUUUUGAAAGUUCGAAGAAAAGUCGAGACGGAGGGCGAGGUUUUGCAAAUUGCAAAACCUCGGCCAUCAGCUUUUUUUCGGCUGAAAACAGUUUUCAUAAUUUAAAUUCAGAUUCCAUUCAAACCCCCCAAGUCUUCCGAAUGUUGCUCCUCCAUUCGUCAUCCAAAUUCUUCACAGAGCAAGCAGGAAACAAUUUGUUCGAAAUGUUUCAAUUUUAAUCCAAUUAUCCGUGCGUCACGUGACAUUUGCGAAGUUUUUUUCGGUCAGAGAUCAGACUGCAGCAAAUUUUAUUGUUUGUUGAUACUUUAGUAAUGUUUUUCAGGUCGGUGAAAUCGUGAAAUCGACGUCAAGCAGACAAGAAUCGAACAUAAAACUGGAUCUGCGGUCGGUCAGUUAAGGUUGUAACUAUAUGUUUACUCUCCGCCACACUUUCCAGAUACUUUCCCCGCCUGGAUUCAUGAGCAUCUGCGGGAAAAACAGCGAAUAUUAG